AUGACCACACCUUCGAUAUCCGAGUCGCGACCACCGCCCUCGCCUUCCAUGGACGUCACAAUGGAGGAUGAGGACGCGAAUUCCAAUGGACUCGACAACGUCGUCGCUCGACCCCCUACCCCUCCAAAACAUACAGAAAUCAUCACAAACGGAACCGUCACAACGGCAUCAUCAAGUUAUAUAGACGAGACACCCACAUCAUCCGCUGAAACUGCUCCAGCCGGCCAGGACCGUCGCGUCAAUUUCUCACCAUACAUCAACUGGCAUCAGCCCUGGAAGUACGAUACAGAAAAUGCCAAAUAUCCGCCAAUAAAAUCCAUAUGCCUUUCUGCGAAAUCCUCCCGGCCUGUCAAGCCAAUUCUUAAACCUUUCGAAAAGUCAAUAAUUUUGAUAACAGAACAGAUAGAAGGCCUUGACCCGGAUAAUCCCAUGGCAGAUACGAACACCCCUUUCGGCGAAUUGCUUGAGUCUAUAGUUCAAAUAUUGGCUUCGUCCGACCGAACUAAGAAAUCUGAGACCUACGGUGCCUUUGCUACUACCUUACGUGCAUACGAUGGCGUACCGGAUGUAAAGCUACUAGCUGACAAGCUCGAUCUGAUCUUAAGCUUCAUCAGAAGGGACUUUAAUGCAAUGAUACCGGACGUUGGAACUCCGGAUACGACUUUAAUCCGACAGGCCUGCAAGGUCUUGAUCAUUUUCUCCUACCUACCAGAAACCGUUACAUUAAUACCGGACGAAGACAUAAACUACUUCCUCAAUUUUGCGAUUGACAUUCUAGAUCAGGGAACUUCUAAGGCACUUUCGACGAACUAUAUGUAUUUCCUCAGUCAGCAAAAGUUUUCCCCAAGAAUUAUGACGACGGAAAAGGUUACACGGAUUUUGCAGGUGUCCAGUGCGUUAAAGGAGAAGCAGAAGGGCAAUAGCAUCGACCUCGAGCGAUUGAGCCUUUACGCCAAGCUCCUGUCACAAGCAAAGGGUGCGAUGGUCCAGAAUGCGGAAUUAUGGAUCGACCAUGUGUUUCAAGGGCUGAUAAGUACGGCUACACCGAUACGGACGCGAGCCCUAACGAUUGCGCAAGAGGCAGAAAGAGAACUAGGAGGAGAGAAGCAAAUAGCUAGAGCGGUCAUGAGACUAUUUCCAACCAAAAAGGAUAUCGAUUCACAAAUGAACUCGCAGAAAGGCACACAAACUGGCACACCAACUAAACCUCAAACCGGCACACCGACUCGGUCCCAGCUAGAGGAAAGUAGGAAAAGGAAUUUUAUUCAAAACCGACUCGAGAAAAUGCUUGAAACAAAGACCGAAGCUGUUUUUGUUCCACAGAUAUGGGGAAUUACAAUUUCGCUACUUCGGGGGCUCACCAUACCGAUAGAUCGCUGGGAGAAUUUCAGUCCUUUCCUUGGUAUUAUGUCGAAAUGCCUGAACUCUUCAGAGCAAAACUUAAAUGUUUUUGCCCAGAUCGCCUGGGCCAAGCUCAUAUUCGUAUUCGAUAUCAACAUGAAUACCUCGAGAAAGAACAUCGACCUCCUGCUACGCCCUAUCAUUGGCUACAUAGACGAAAACAAAGGAUCACGGCACACGAAGCAUGCAAAGAAAGCUGCCAUUACGAAUAUACACACAAUGCUCUACUACAGUUGCCGACCAGGGGCUAAUUUUAAGCAACUGGAGCAUUUCUGGGAAACAUUAGUGGAGGGUGUGGUUGCCAAGUAUCUCCUAAAAUCAAAUACCUUUUUGAUCAACGGGUGUAAUAUACUGAGCGCCCUGUUUGGGGGAAGCACGAAAUGGUCCGAGAAUCGGGUUCUUGAAGGAACAUACAUUGCUGCCGAUGAGGUCCCAAGAUUGGAUCCAAAAUGGAUUCGCGCAAAUAGCACAAUGAUUUUCAAAACUCUCGAGGUUGCUGUAAGGAGCUGCCUCAAGACCAAAAAAGACAACGAGAUUCCUCAUCUAGCGAUCUGGAAGAAGUUGAUGGCAGCCAUUGCUGAAGCAGCUAAAAAAGAAAUUCGUAUCUCGGCUGAGAUGAUGGAAUUUGUAGCUAGUCUUUUAGGCUUUCUCAAACGCUUGUGGACCGAUGGCUUCCGGGGAAAGGGGCCAACCCUCCACGAGGAUGGCCAAUUUUUGACCCAUUUUGUCAUUUUAGUCCAACUUGCUAUCCAAGAGCUAGGAACCGCCUGCUUCACAGAGAAAUGGUUGGCCGAAGAUGGCACUGAAAGCUUCCUAGCUAUAUCAACCCCAUCCGGAAAGUUCUCCUCUGGCUCAAAUCAUGUUGUCCAACAUCAACCUAUCUGGCAUCUCUUCCGACUUUUCAUAGACCCUUUCAAGGGUGCAAAAAUCGGUGAGAAUUAUGCAAGGCCCAUCUCCAACAUUUUAUCAACAUGUGUCGAAGCACAAGACUCUCGAAGGAAAAAGCUCUCACUGCUCGCUCAAGGAAUCGCCAUCCUCCCGACUCAGGACAUAAGCCAGAUCCAUCUAACGGCAUGGACCAUUCUAGCAAACAUCUGCGAUCGUGUCGUCCCACGGAAAGAGAGGGAUACCAUGUCUGCGGGUGGGCUCGUCAAUGGGCCAGAAAUCCGUGAUGUUCGGACGAUUCUCGAAUGGGGCUAUCAGUUCUGUGGGCCUGAACAAUUCGUUUUCUGGAAGAAGCUUUACCACACCGUGUAUGAGACGGUUCAGCAAGAAAACGGGAUUGCAUACCUUGGCCCAGCUCUCAUUGAUCCUCUUUCAGAGAAUAUGAGGCUACCCAAAAUUGAUGCUGAGUCAACGGACACUCUCCACUACAUCAAUACGCUAGCCUCUAGCAUCCAGUACCCCGCCACUACUGUUCAGUACGAUCGAGUGUACAAGUCCUUGUUCGGCGACCAAGCAAAGAAGCAUACCCAAAUACCCUAUACAACUUUUUUUGAAGUUAUGGGACAAGCAUUUUGGAGAACCAUCGAGCUUUCCCAAGUGGACCUCAGCGAGCAAGGGAACACCGAUAUUAUUGAGUUUUUCGAUUGCAUGCGAGAGGUUACGGAAAGGCUACCCAAAGAAUCGGUGGCCCAUAUGGUUUCGAGGAUGCAGGACGGCUUUUCUCUUUGGUUAUCAUGUGAGGCACCAGCGGACAAGAAUAUCAUCGAACCGAUGCAGGAGCUUCUGAAGGCCGUGUGCGAAGGCCUAAAGCGGACCGAGUGCUUCGAUUCCAAUGCCCUCAAAACGUUUUCUCACUUGAUAGCUGCUGGGUUUGAAAGCAAGCAUAAGAUGAAUGUUGUUACCACAAUCAACUUCUGGAACAAAACGUUCGGCAACCAAGAAAAUCUGGAGUAUCCAUCAAGGGUUCGGAAAGCUCUCAGUAAGAUUCGCUAUUACGCGGAUAUAAAGCUUCCAACGUUCCCAGACUCCUUAGAAGAUGAAGCUCACGCUCCACCACCAGCUUUCUUGGAUACUCAGACUUCAGAUUUUGCGCAGCAUGUUUUAUCGAGUCCUCCUAAAGCCGCAGCAUCGCCACUGUUUUAUCGUGACUUACAAGUGCCCGUUUCCGCCAAGUCUUCCAAAGCUUCAUCAAAUCCCAGCAAGCAAAACCAUGUCAAGCUUCGACAUAUGGAUUCCCAAGUUGAAUACAAAACGAUUUAUGCUGACGAAAACGAUGACCCGGAUGCGAUGGAAUCUCAAUUGAUGACUGACCGUCAGAAGGAAGUUAGAGACAGGCAGGCAAGGGAGGCCGAUUUGUUCAGGGAUCUUAAUUCCGGAUCCCCAUCAAAACAUGACAAAACAAAUGCCAGUCACUCAAGCCUACCGCUCAAGCUCGAUCUUAGGAUACCGAACCCCAUGAGCGAUGUUACCUCGUCUCCCGCAUUCGACCGUUCUAUGUCAUCUUCACCUGGUCUGCCAACGAUCCCAAUCGGCAGUAAGUUCGCGGCGUUGAUUGAUCGGGAAGUUCACUUUCCAACAUCUGAUGAUCUACCUUCCUCUCCAACGGCCAGAGUUUCUCGAGAUCCUUUUGUACCUUUACUAGAAGACAUCCCUUCCUCGCCACCGUUGGCGCCGGUUAACGCCCAGGAGGCGGGCGAAGUCGGUACCAUUGAUCUUGGGGACAACGAGAAGAUUGAAACUGUUGAUCCUAGAAAAGUCGAACUAUCACAAGGAUCUAAGCUUCGUAUUCAAGAAGGAGAACUUCCGCCAAACCUGACAGAGGUGGCUAAGGAUGCUCCUAAGAGCCCGAGUGAAGCGAUUGCGCUCCAACUUCAGGAAUAUGGGCGAGUGGAAGGGGUGAUCAUUGAACCAACCGUGGAGGAAGAAAAGGAGCCAUCACCGGUUGAGGAUAUUUCUGUCCAUCUCAACAGCCAGAUGGAUGAGGAUAUGACUGAGCCAGCCCCAGCUGUAGCGGAAGAGGAGGAAGAAGAGGGGGAGGAGGGGGAAGGGGAGGAAGGAGCGGAAACUCCGGCCCUAGAAAACGAAGCAGCCGAGCAGGCGGAAGAAGACAUCGACGAAUCCGAACUUGAGUCAGUCAGUUCGAUCCCCGACAGUCAACCGUCCAGGGAACCAAGGAGCCCCGCAGCGGAAUCACUAGACCCAACGCCAACAUCAAGUCAGACCAAAGGCCACAAGCGAAAGAGGAGCAAGGGUCAACCGAUCGUUCCUCCCACGCAAGACUCCGACCAUGAGAUGGUUGAUUGUGUCGCUCCAGUGGAAGAGCCCGUAGAGGCAUUAGCAGUUCCUGCCGCCAAGGAGGAGGAUGAAGUUCCACCUCCUCCUGCUAAAAAAGCAAAGGCAGCUACCGGAAAUGUCUCUCUAGUUACCCCAAUCCGACAACUUCCCCACCGUACUCGAAGAUCGACGCACAGCAAAUCAGCUGCUGGGUCAACUGGCGUGCAGGAAGCUGCGACGGCCAACACCGGAACGACACCGCCGAGGCAGAUGAACGGCGGCAGCAACAAGUCGGAGAAGAAGAAAACUGGGCCCGCUGGCUUGCCUGGCGGCCCACCCGCGCGCCGAGGGCGACCACCAUCGGCUGCGUCAUCUCUUAGCGUUCCCGACAGCCAGCCAUCAAGGAGGGGGAGAGGUCGACCCGACCCUAACCUUUCGCUUACCUCUGUGCAGGAGCUUGGAGAUGAGAUAGUACUCAACGUCCAAACUUCACCGUCCAGAAAAUCAAUAACCCCAGAACCGGCGCCUGAUUUCCAAGUUGUAGUCACGAAUGAAGACCCUACGGCGAGCUUCUUAGGAAAGCUUGAUUCUCUUUUGGAGGAGAUGAAAGGCCUAGAAUUUUCGCCGGAUGACCUUACGAAGAUCGACGGAACAGCGUUUAAUAUGAUGCACUGGGUGAGGGAUAAGCAACAGCAACUCCGUGCUAGUAGGCAAUAG